AUGCAAGAUUAUACUUUCCCAAAGGAGAGUCAUUCUGGCUCCGUGUUCCACCUGACUCGGGAGCACCUGGAGCUGCUGGUGAUUUGGUCGCACUGUCACGGUAACCAGUGCACCUUCGCGCCCACCUGGCGGGAGAUCACGGAGGAGCACCAGACCGGCUUGCUGACUGUGCUGUGGGAGUGCGAGGCUGGGCACUCCUACCACUGGUGGACGGGGGGUGUGUGCCGAUCGGAGUGCGACCAGGACCAGACCCCGGCCAAACACAAGCCCUCGGAUGACUCCGCGCAGGCCAGGAAACCGCAGAGGAUGAAGCUGGACGACGGGGACAUCAUGGAGGAGAUCGACUCGCUGGAUGGCUGCUGCAAGCCCUUCCUCACGGCCGACGGGAAGCCCAUCCGGAACGGGGCCUCGGCUCGGCACCUCUCCCGGUCCCGAUCUCCCUCCCCCUCCCAGCUCCCCUGGCGGGACCCUGGGUACGGCGACGACAGGGGCAAGUCGGGCACCGAUGGGGUGAAGAAACCCGACGUCCUGUACAUCAAAACCGAAAAGGAGGAAACCUCGGGCUACAGUGACCCGACCGAGGUCAAGGUGGAGGGUCGCAGCCAGAGCCGAGGCCCAAGGAAGUACCACCCAGGAGAGAAGCCCUUGGGGGCCGGCCAGGGCCAGGCAGCAGCCGCCGAGUCCCCCGACGGCUGCAGGAAGCGUCCCUCGUCGGCGGCCGACAGCUCGGGCUUCGCGGCGCACUGCAGCAAUGGUAAAGUACACGUGGGCGAAGUGCACCAUUCGCCGUACCCCGUGCCCAGGCAGCCCGGGGGCACGGCCCACAGCACAACCAAGUCACCAGGGAUCAGCGGGGCCACCAAGCCAGCUAACCACAGCCAGAGCUCGGCCAGCACCGAGCUGCUCCUGGACUCCGGGUACGGCAGGAAUUCUGACAUGAGCAACGCUGAGCUGGACUGCGAGACUUCGAUUCCGUGCACCCAAGAAGGGGUGCUAGAGUUCUUGCACACCGUUCUGAAGACUGAGGUGGUGGAUGAAAUCUAUUCCAGUGUCCGUUUGGCGAACGAGAGUGACGUGGAGGUUCUGACAGAGAACCUGAGUGGCAAAGAAGCCUUACUCCUGGAUUCCAGCAUCCAGACCAACGCCAGGCUGUAUUUCAGCACGGGUGGCUGGGCUGCUUUGUCAGCCACGCUGGAGGUACUGGGAGAUUCGACGUCGGAAUUAAUGGUCAUUAACCCGUACACACUGAACGCUGAAAUUAUGGAUGAAGAACAAAUUAUCGUAGCCCACGUCCCCGCUCUGCUGCCCUCAGCUGACGACAAGAAGCGCAAGAUUAAGUAUCCCGUGACCAAAGGGGAGAUCAGGAGACGCAUCAUUCCGCCCGAGAACAUGUCAAAGACGGUCAUCAAAAGUUACCUGCGGCUGAGGAGAGACAACCGGUUCGACAUCCGGCAGCUCCUCGAUCUCCCGGUGACCGGCUACGACCGGACUCUGCACACGUCCUUCACUCGGCUGUGCGAGGGAGAAGCCAAGACGCUGACGGAAAACUUUCACCAGCUCAAUCUCGGCUACUUCCCCGUGGACGAGUGCGCCAACCGGAUAGCAGAGCAGUCUGAGGCUUCCGAAAUAUUCACAGCGAGGAAGGUGGUUGAAGACCUUGACUCAAUCCUGGACAGUUUUAUGUGGCAGGAACAUCCGUAUAACUUAAUCACUCAUGGUUUCGGCCCUCAGAAUAUCAGGGUGGUUCUGGACUUGGUAAAACUACUCCUACGAGAAUCUCUACGGAAAAGUGCGUCAUGAUAAAUGGCUAACCAGACGGUGAAUUUGGUAAUUUUGUGUGGUGGGGCGCGGAGGGUUUAGAAAAAAAAGUAAGACUGGUCCAUUGGGGAAUGAACCUUACUGUUUAUCACGAUUCUGUGAGGACCUCGUGAAAACUCUAACCUACCUUCUUUCAGAAGCAGAUUACCCCCGACAUGCAGGUCCCAUCCUUUCCCUUUGUUUCCCAUCAAUUCUCUUCAUUCCCACCUUUCUUAUUCCUUGUUCACCUUAACAAU